AUGGUAGAAAGCAAUGACGAACUGCCGAAGUUGCCAGGUAUGGUACCGGGGAAGCGGGGACCAGGUAGACCCAAGAAGACACCACCUACUCUAGAGCCUAUGCUGCCUCUUGGCAGCGGAAAAAACAAGAAACCCUUAAGUGGUCUAGGAACCAAGGGCAAGGACAGAGGAGAGGAUAGACUGGCUUACACGGCAAGACAUGAUCCACAUUUAAAGAGCAGUGGAAGUCUUCUACAUGACAUCUGUGAGAGGGUCAGCAAACGUUUGGAUAUUCCAUUGCCAUUAGCGAGGGUACCCAAGUCCCUUAGUGAGAAAAUUGGUUCAUCAAGUUGCAAAAGUCCGUUGUCGGACGCCAAAGUGAGCCUCAGACAUAAACUAGGAGCCAGUCUGGAGAAGCGUAAGAAAGGACGAAGAAAGAUAACGAUGCAGGGUCGGUCACUAGCUUUGUCCAAGGGCCUAAUGAAAGUCAGACAGCACAAACACAAAAAGAGAAAGAAAAUUAGGAAGAAUCUGAAUAGCCUUGACCCAAGGUUCGUGAUGGAUCUUGAGAAACUCAUCCAGGAUUUCAGCAAGAUGUGUAAAAUUAAUACUGAAGCAGUUCAAACUAAGAGUUCUGACAAUCCUCCCAUGUUGCCGUCAAUAUUCAGGGUUAAACGGAUUGUGAAAAAGAGGAAGGGCAGUGAACGAGACAGAGAUUCUGGGCCCGAGGCGGAUACUGCCAAGGAAAGAACACCAACACAGGGUAGUGCCACAAACACCACUGUGACACCUUCAGUUGUCAAGCGACGUCCUAAGAAAAGUACUGUUGAAACAACUAAGAACCGAGACAGGCCAGAAGCGAACAAUGAGCAACGGUUGCCUCUGAAGAAACGACAUUACCACAUCUCAGCCACCCCUGCAGUGCCUAUGGAGCCAGCUGAGUCCCCUGACCUUGACAGUGCAGUGGAACCCUCCAAGCCUGUGAGCGCUAAGUCUGUCAUCGUGAGUGUCUCAGAGAAAGUGAGUGAUAAGAUCCAUCCAGCGGCAGGGGCCAAGUCUGGGAACAAUAGCAGUAAAGUGGACAAACCGGAUAAUAAAGCUAAAGUCGACUUGCACAGGAACUCCAUCGAUGAAGCGAUAGAAGCUACCAUCACAAGGUAUUCCCAUGAAUCUCGUUCAGUUAUAGUGACGCCAAAGAAACGGCAUCGACUGGAAAUGGAGAAGAAAGGGUCUGGGACAUCGCCAGUUGUCAGGAACCUCUCAGGAAGUAAGAGUGAAGUUAGUUCUGUUGGAAGCCCACAACCUACGAAGAGAGUGAGCUCAAGGAGUUCAAGUACUAACAAUCAGUCGGUGCCGAGGACUGUGUCACCCUCCCCCACCCCUCCACAAAGUAAACGGUCUACAUCUAAAGGGGCGAGUAAAACAGAUCAUCCAACUUUGGUUCCCAGGCAACGAUCGGGAUCUAGAGGUUCCUCUGCUGCUGUAAGUGAAGUGACAACACCAGCUGUGAGCAGUCAGGUUCAACCAGCGACAAAGAGGGCGAACACAAGGAGUGCAGAUUCUAAUGUCCAACCAGCAACACCUCCCACCAAGCGAGCCUCAAGGAUGACAUCUUCUGUUGAGAAACCUGAGGAGAAAGCUGUGAGUACUGCUCCAGUCGUUACGUCAGCCACGCAGGCCGUGCUGAACAAAAGAGCGGCUGCAAGAGAAAAAGCUGCUGCCUUGUCCGCUUCUGCUGAGUCAAAAAAUAUUACAACUCCUGCUCCUGAGUUAACAAAACCAAUUCCUCAGAAUGUUGGACUCCUCAGCACGAGAUCAGCAGCUAAAAUACCUCCCAAUGCUCCUCUAAUAACACCAAUCCCACCUGCUGAAAAUACUCUAAAAUCAAGUCGUUUAAGGAACAAACCACCGGCAGGGGUUUUUGAGCCCUCUUCAAAAGCAGAUGAACUGAUGAGUCUUGUAGCCAUUCCUCCUCCUCAUGUCAACAACAUGGAUACUGUCUUAUCUCAGCUCAGUGAAAAGUUGAAAAGCUAUGAAGCCUCUGAACCUCUGUCUAAACCGAUACUGAAAUUAGAUGAAUCUCAUAAUGGUAGGAAUAGGCCCAAAAGACUGAACGAUUCAAGUGGUGAUGAGGAGAAAAAAAUGAAAAAGAGGAAAGUUAUAUGUGAUGUCAGAGUUCAUGUCACCAAACUCUCUCCUUCGGAUCUAGUGUUGAAGAAAGUUAUGGGUGUGGUAAAAGCAAAAAUUAGGAGAAGGAAUCGUAUUAAUCGUACUGGUUUUCCAAUUAAAAAGAAAAAGAAGAAGAAACCAUUGGAAAUAAUAUCUACUAGUCUUUUAGAAUUACCAUCUAUUAAUGAAUUAGAAAAGACAAAAUGUCAAAAUGAAAUUAGGGAUAAUUUACAGGAUUUACCUGCACCAGUUUUAUGUAUGAAAAAAGUAGAUGAUACAAAAGUCAAAGAGAUUCCUGAAACACUUGUGGAAGAGGCCAAACCUCUGUGUGAAAGGAUAGAUAAAAUUGUAGAAGAAAUACCUUCAAAUCAACGAAUAAAGAGAGCAAGUGAUUCAGUAAAACCUUUAAUUACUCGAUUAGCAAAGAAACUCGAAACACCCAAAGUAGUACUAAGAGAAACACACAGGACUAUAAUAAAAGAACCAUCCAAAGGUUUAAAUAAAGAAACAUCCAAAGCAUCGACUAAAGACACACACAAACCUUUGUUAAAAGAAAAUUCCAAAGGUUUAGUGAAAGAAACCCUCAAAGUUUUAACUAAAGAAACUACGAAGGCUGUGAAUAAGGAAGUACACAAGGCAAUUGUUACAGAGAAAAAUGAAGUUUCAGAAACAACUGAAGUUGAAGUUACUGAAACUUCAGGUGAAACUACAGAAGUAUUCAAGGCUGCUGAAAUCAAAGAAGUGCAUAAGAAUGAAGUUAAAGAAACGCCAAAGCUCGAAACAAAGGAUGUGCCUAAGGCUGAAGUCAAGGAAAUUUCAAAGACUGAAAUCAAGGAAUCGCCCAAAGUAGAAAACAAGAUCAAUAAAACUGAAGCAACCUUGAAUACUGAAAAGCGAGACAAAACCACAGUGGAACUGAGGAAAAGUAGCAGAAGACUGAUGAUGCUCAAAGCAAGACAAAGAGUGGAGGCGAGCAAAAGGAGAAAGAGAAAAUCGGGUCUGCCUCUGGUGCAAGGAAUAAUACCCAGAGAGAAGAGAUCUCCUAGUCCUGAACUUCCUCCUCCUUCCCCAAUGGAAAUAAUCCCACCAGAAGUGAGAGCCCUCCCAUGCAAGCGAUUGAGGCGAACUCGAGAUGAAUUAGAUCGAGAUGACAGUGAUGCUGAUUCCACAAAAUCCCGGAAGAAAAAUCCUCCACGAUGGCGUAAGAAGUAUCUUUCUGCAGGACUUUUCUCUGACUGUUACAAAGAAGCCGAGCCUCGUAAGAGCACUGAUAUCACAAAGAGCCGACUGAUGUACAACCCGGCCGAGCACAGGCACGGACUGCUGCCCCCUCCUUACUACUGUGGGAAAUGGGUGCGACAGAGAAGGAUGAACUUCCAGCUACCUCAUGACCUCUGGUGGCUACACACCAACAACCAACUGCCUGGCAGAGACAUCGUGCCAUCGUGGAACUACAAGAAGAUUCGUACCAAUGUGUAUUAUGAUGUGAAGCCAGUAUUACUGUAUGAGGCACAGGCCUGCAGUUGUAAAGUAGAAGGAGAGGGCAAGGGCUGCGGAGAGGACUGUAUCAACCGCAUGAUUUUCAGUGAGUGCAGUCCGCAGUUGUGUCCCUGUCGUGAGAAGUGCAGCAAUCAGCGGAUACAACGGCACGAGUGGGCUCCUGGCCUCGACAAGUUCAUGACUAAAGAUAAGGGUUGGGGAGUGAAGACCAAGUACUCCAUCAAGAAUGGGGAGUUCAUCCUGGAGUAUGUGGGAGAGGUGGUGAGCGAGAAAGAGUUCAAGAACAGGAUGGCAUCCAGGUACCAAUAUGAUACCCACCACUACUGCCUCAAUCUGGACGGGGGACUGGUGAUAGAUGGACAUCGCAUGGGUGGUGAUGGGAGGUUUGUCAAUCACUCGUGCGAGCCCAACUGUGAGAUGCAGAAGUGGAGUGUCAAUGGACUUUUCCGCAUGGCCCUCUUUGCACUCAGGGACAUUGAGUCUCAUGAGGAACUCACCUACGAUUACAAUUUCUCCCUCUUCAACCCUGCCGAAGGCCAGAAAUGCAAGUGUGGCUCCAAGAACUGCCGAGGAGUGAUUGGUGGUAAAUCCCAACGUGUCACUAUUGUCAACAACAACGGUGCGACUACAUGCUGUGUGGAGGAACGAAAGGAUGACAAGGUUGUACGCAAAGAGGACAAGGCUGUACGCAAGCCGCGUAAGGCUGCUCGCAAGAGCAUCGAGAGCCGCAAGAAGACUGAGACGCAGAGCAAGCCUCCGGUGGUGGUCAGAGAGUCCAAGGAAAUCACUCACGAAGCGAUUGUCGCAAGACUGAACCAUCUUUUACCUCUCAAGCCUCUGCUGCCACAACAGAAGGCGUUUGUUCUACAGAAUCGUGUCUUCCUGCUUCGCAAUCUGGAUAAGGUGAAACAGUUGCGAGAGAAACUAAAACUGGUGGUGCGCAACUCUACGUGUGGAGCGGGCGAACCCCCACCACCAACACCUGCUGCAACUCCCGCUGUUAAAGAGUCAGAUGUGUUCCUAUCACAGCUGAAUGCACUCAGCACACCUCGAAACAUCAGAACUCGGCGGCUGGCACAGGCUCAGGACAACCCAGAAAUGACUAAGACGGCACGGCUCGCCCACAUCUUCCGCAACUUAUACAAUGCUGUUGCGCAGGCUAAAGAAAAAUAUGUUUCUGACACAACAGAAGAUGAUGGGGAACUGCUGGCAGCGCCCCUAGUGACUCUGCCGUCCAAACGUAAGCUGCCGCAGUACUAUCAGCGUGUAACAGAACCAAUAGACCUGACUAUGGUGGAGCAGAACAUUGUGACUGGUGUGUACAAGACUGUGGAAUCAUUCGAUCAAGACAUGUGUCGGCUCUUCUCCAACAACGUGCGAUUCCAUGGACGCACUUCAGACAUCGGCAUUGCAGCUACCCGUCUCCGCAAGAUAUACAGUGUUGCCAAGUUUGACUAUGUGGACCAGCUGAGAGAGAUCCUUGGGGAGUCGCUGCCGGCCACAUUCAUCCCGGAACAGGAAGAUCCAGGUGCGGAAGAGGAAGACGUAAUCCGCUGUAUAUGUGGCAUGUUCCGAGAUGAGGGAUUGAUGAUACAGUGCGAGAGGUGCCUUGUGUGGCAGCACUGCGACUGUGUGAAGGCGGACACGGCUGCAGACAAGUACCUGUGUGAGAGGUGUUGUCCGCGGCCUGUGGACUUGGAGAUACCGUUGGAGACGACCCCUGAGUACGCCACUGAGGGUCAAACCCACUACAUGACCCUACUGCGAGGUGACCUUCAGUUGCGACAAGGAGACACUGUAUAUGUACUGAGAGACAUGCCCAAUGAGGAGACAGGAUCCCAGACCACCCCACCUUCCAAGCACAACUACAAGACUAUAAAGAACGUCAAAUACUCAGACUGUGAUAUAUUUAGGAUUGAACGCCUCUGGAAAGAUGAAAAAGGAGACAGGUUUGCGUUCGGCCAUCAUUACUUACGACCUCAUGAGACGUUCCAUGAGCCGACACGCAAGUUCUUCCCCAACGAGCUAAUGCGGAUCCCACUAUAUGAGGUUGUGCCGCUUGAUCUCAUCAUGGGCCACUGCUACGUGCUGGACAUUAACACGUUCUGCAAGGGGCGGCCUGCUGGUGCAGACCCUCAGCACAUCUACAUCUGUGAAUAUCGUGUUGACAAGAGUGCCCGCCUCUUCGCCAAGCUUGCCAAGUCCAAGGUGCCACCUGUCUGUCUCAAAAGCUACGCUUUCGACAAGUAUGACCAGCGGCUUAAGAUCAGCAGGACAUACACGCCUCAUGGACCUGUGAAGGGGUCUAGUGUGUGUAGAGGGCGAGGGGGCCGCAGCGCCCAGGAGCAGCUUCCCCCACCAGCUCCCCCCGCCGCCACCACCACUCACUCGGAGGAUGAAGAGCUGCCACUGGCGAGAGUAAGGGACACAGCGUUGGCGUCCAAGAGAGCCCAACAGAAGGCAUCACUGAACGCCUUGCUGUUGAGGCUAUUGGCAAGAUUGCCGAGCAAGCAGCCACUGGAUCUAUCGUACCUGUUGGAGCCAGGCCGCCGCCACCGUAAGCGCCCUGCGAUACUCAGUCCAUGAGAAUGGCUCCUGCGCUGAACUGAAGUGAACUGACCGACCGACUCUUGGCUCAACAUAGGCUUCCUCUGGGAUGCUAGUUUUAAUUCCAGCUAAAUGUCUAAAUAUUAUCAAUUUUAAUAGUGUUAUUUACUUACCAUUUGAUAGAAUUGGAUGUAAAAAAUAGAUGUAAUGUAUUUAUUUCAAAAUUUUGAUCUCUAAUUUUAUAUUGGAAAUUAGUGUCAUUCUUACAAAGUACAGAAGUACAAAGCCAAGAAAUAUUUCACAAAAUUAAUUUGAUGAUUUUAACUAUGUUAUAAUUUUGCAUAAUAUUGUGGUUGUAAAUGGUUUUGUUGGUGUUAUCGGCAAUGUAUAGGUAUAGAUAGAAGUUGAUGAAAAGUAUUAAUAGAUUUUAACUGUUUUAAUUCUUUAGAAUUAAAAAGUCGAUUGAUGCAUUUAAAGUGUUAACGUAUAAAAAUGUAACUAAGUGGUAGAGCCUACUUUCAGGAGGCCUUUGAAAGGUGAUGUAUAAAUAUUGUAAAGAACUGUUAAUAAGUUUUAGAGUUUGGAUUUUCAAAAAUGUAUUUAUCAGUGGUCAAAACUCAUUCAGCCCUUAUUUAAGACCUGUCACAUUUUCGCAGUAAAAUUAAAUUCGUUAUCUUUGCUGUCUUAAGUAAAGUUUUCCUUGUUUUAACUUUUCAUGAACUUGACAGGCAAGCGAAAAAUAGUUCGGUUCUCUUCAGUCCAGCCAUACAGUGUAAAUAUGUAAAAAACGUCAGUGUAUAAAAGAUGUGCAUAAUAUUUAUUUAUAAGUUAUUACCCCUAGAGUCAGAGUAAAGAUGUUGUAAUAUUUGUAAAUGUUAGCUAAUGGUUACAUAUGUAUUUUUAUGUAAAUAAUUUUGUAGUUAUAUUCUUGAUCUGUCCCUUAUAUUGAACAAAGGUAACCUUUUGUUGUAAAGUCUCUAGACCAAAAGAAUAUUUUUAUAAAAAAGUUUUAAAUGGAAGAAAAACAUUGAUUUUAAUAUAUUUUAGUUUGUAAGCUUAAUAUAUUACUUUGAGAAAGUAAUAUAAACAUUCAAAAAGAGUAUUUUUUCAUUAUUCAUUGCGCUUUAUUGUCUGUUAAAAACAUUCUUACUGGUUUUUAUAGUUAUCUUUUUUACCUACGUUUAGAUUUAGCUUUUAUUAUGUUAAUGGACAGUGUCAAAAGUAAUGUAAUAACAUUUUGAAACUAGUCAUGAUUGUCCUUAAUUUGGAAGAAAUUAUUUUGGUCUGACGUGGUAUUAUUUUGCCAUAUUUUCUUAACGUAGCCAUAAUGAAAUGUAGAUGAGCUUAGAUUUAUUAUGUUGUUGGUUAACGGGUGACAGGUUAUGUUGAUGUUGAACUUAGGUUACGAUCCAAUAUUGGUGCGUUCAAACUGAAGAUCAAAACAAAUUGUUGAGAAUCUAUUUUUGUUUUCAAUGUUUAUGAAAGUUUAGUGCUCCUAGUUUGGUACAGUUUAAUUAAGCAUGUAUUUUUUAAGUUGCAGGCUGGACAUAACAUAUAUAACAUAAUUCAUGUUAACAUAAUAGAUACAAUUAUUAGUUUUAACUUUGGUUCACUAAUUUAUUUCUGUUUUAGUUAUUUGUUUAGCUUUAAUAUCCUGUUAUUAUGUGUUGAUAUUUUUAAUCGAUAUUAUUGUCCAUAGCAUGAAUAUUUUUCUCUGUGAUUGAGGUACAAAAAAAAUUGACAAAUGGCCAGUGCAACAUAAAUAAUGAGAUUUAGCAACACAAUUGAAGAUAGUGUAACCAGUUGAUGAUUAAGUUUUGUUUUGUCACAAUAUUGUAUCAUAGUUGAUUUUAUGUUCACUCCGAGUAUCGUUUGUUAUUUUCCAUUUUUGUACACAAAGUGUGAGUCGUAUAUUAUAAUGCAGGUAGAGUUUUUAUUUUGCACAUGAAAUAUUUAAUUUAUUAUAUCUAAAGGGGUUGAUAUAUUGCUUUUUAAAAUAGUCGUUUAUUAGUUGUUUCAUUUGUUGAAAUUUGUAGAUUUUACAUUAAAAUUGGUGUGUAUAGUUAAAAUUCUUCGUUUUUAAUGCUCGCAGCUAUUAUUUAUCCUAUUGUGUUGGUUUUUAUAAAUUUUUACUCCUUUUUGAAAAAAAUUUCAAAACAUCUAUUUACUAAUUUAAAUUUGAAAGUUCAACUACUAUUUCUACUUUAAAACAAUUGAAUUGUUUGUAUAAUACAAUUACUAGCUUUAAAAAUUUGUAACAACUGUUUCUUUAAGAUCUUAAAGUGUUAUGUACAAUUGUUAUUAAUUCAUGUACAUUUAAUUUUUAAUAUAAAUAUGUGAUAGCAAAUUUAUUGUUUAAAUAUUUAUAGUUGAUACUUAAAAAUGAUUUUAAGUAGGUGUAAUAAGUUAAGUUGUUCAUGUGCGAUUGAGCUUCAAUUUUUCAGAGUAAAUAUUAUAUUUUAUUAUCCCAAACCCUUUUUUUACAUCACCAUUGCCUCCUGUAUUUAUAUGAUUGUUGCCAUCGUUAGCUUAAAUCGAUUCUGAGACCACAAUGCCAGUUCAGCUUUUGUCCAAUUUUACAUGUUUCCAAUAUAUGCUUUAAGGUUCGUUUCAUACUCAUAGAAAUAAUAUAAAUGAAAAUGGAUUGUAGAUAUAUAGGGAGUAUCAAAUACUGCAUUUAUCACUAGACUGUUAGUCUGAGGCAAUUAGUACCAUUGUAUCAGAAUGAGGUGAGAACAGUAUCUCAACCGCAGGACGGCUGUAUAUACAAUAGGCAAGGCAGCAAUACAUCACAUGUUUAUAUUUUACAAUGGCAAUAAUUGCUAUUUUCUUAAGAAGUAUGUCCUUAUUUCUCUAAAAAUAAACAUUGACACACAACAA